CAACGAGAAGCGAGACCGCCAUAUUGGUUUGCUGUCACAACAACAUAGCAAGUCCCUGUGAUAUUCGGCGUUUUACUGCUCGACUCUAAUUUUGAUCGCGAUGACAGGCUACGGAGAAGAAAACUUCGAACAAAUGCCCAGGGAGGAAUUAGAGAAACUGUUCCAAUCUUAUCUUGGUGAAGCAGAAAACCAUGUUCGAAAGAGAGACUUCUAUAGGGCAUUGGAUAGUUAUGAACUGGCUUUGGAGAUCGAACCCUCUGACAAAGGAUGCCUUGUAGCUAGAUCCAAGUGUUACCUACAGCUUGGGGAUUCUCAGGCUGCCCUCAGAGAUGCAGAAUCAGCUCUGUCCGAAGACAAGGAAUUCAUCAAGGGGCUUUACCAGAAAGCAGAGGCACUCUACCAGAUGGGUGAUUUUGAGAUGGCAUUAGUGUUUUAUCACCGGGGUCAUAAACUGAGGACGGAAUUAGAGGAAUUCAGACUUGGUAUUCAGAAAGCACAAGAAGCCAUUGAUAAUUCUGUUGGAAGUCCAGCCAAAGUAAAAUUAGAAAACAAAGGUGAUCUAUCAUUCUUCUACAAACAAGAUGAGAAACAACCCAAAGGGAAAGCCAAACCAGGCUACAGCAAACCAGCUGCUAAGCAGGAUGAUCGUGGCAAACAAAAGGAUAGACGACAGAAAAGUCAGACUUCAGAUAAGACUUGUAAACAGUUGUUAGGUGAACUCUACUCAGACAAAGAAUAUUUAGAGAGGCUUCUUAAAGAUAACGACCUUACCAAUCAAGACACGGAAAGUGGACAGAAAAUAUACGAUCUAGUCAAUGAUGGCCUUCAUUACUUAGACACAAGGACAGAUUUCUGGAGACAACAGAAACCGAUGUAUGCCAGGAAGCGGGAUAAAGAGGAAGGGAAAGGAAAAUCUAAAGACAAACAAAAGCCAUCAAAUCCUACUUCUUACGUACUUAAAAAGUUAGAUGAAGUUGAUGAAGCACUAGCGGAAGGCAGGCCUGAAGAUGCACUUAAAUUAUCACAACAGACAAUGUCUACAGUUAAAAAGCUGAAUGAAGAGGACUUAUCUGAGAGCAGCAAACCUGAUGUUAUGGGUAAUCUACACAGUUGUAUGGGCAAUGCUUAUUUAGAUAUGGGUAAGAUGGAUCAAGCAUUGGACCAUCACAGGAAAGACUUAGACAUUGCAGAGAAAAAUGAUUUGAGUGAUGCCCAAUCGCGUGCGCUGGACAACUUAGGUCGUGUCUAUGCCAGAAUUGGUAGAUUCCAAGAGGCCAUCGAUGCGUGGGAAAAGAAACUUCCUCUCAGCAAAGCACCACUGGAAAGUACUUGGCUUUACCAUGAAAUUGGUAGAUGUUAUUUAGAAAUAGACAAGUUUGAACAGGCACACGAAUAUGGUGAAAAGAGCAUGAGUGCUGCUCAGGAGGCAGAAGACGAUACUUGGCAACUUAAUGCUAGUGUACUGAUUGCACAGUCUGAAGUUAAACUUGGAGAUUUGCAGGCAGCGAUAGAUUCCUUUGAACGUUCACUAGAGAUGGCCAAACUCCAAGGAGAUGAAGCUGCGCAGCAAGCCAUCACCAAGGCGAUAGAAGAUGUCAACAACAAGAUUGUUGAAGGAAUCAAAGAAGGUGAUGAAGAUGAAAAUAAAGAAGUUGACGAAUCGGAGGAGCAUCAAGAAGAUGAAGAAAAAGUUGAUGAGGAAAAACCAGUUGAGCAAGCAUCAGAUGAAAAAGAUGAAGAUGAGUCUGAAAAUAAACCUGAAUGGUCAAAUUUGGCAAAAGAACAAGUUGAUGAGGAGGAUUAGUUUUUUGUUGUUGUAAAAUAUAUUUAAAAUUUUUUUGUCUCAAAUCAUCUGAUGUUGUUUCUUUAUUCUCAAUCACAUUGUUUGGGACGAUGGCAUAUGAGGUUGGCAUUGCUGUGGGGAUACAAUGCUCUCUCACGUAUUUUACAUUUGAGAUGUCUAGCAAUUUUUAAUCACUGGAACAAAGUAGCUAGGUAAAUCAAUAACAAGAAUCUCAAUUUGAAUAUACAGUUUUUGCAAUGCAGUAUUGUCAGUGGUCUGUCUAAACAUGAACAAAAGAGGUUAAAUUCCAGUAACGCAUACUUGUAUCUUGCAAACAAAUGUUCAUCUAAAGCAUUAUUUCUGUUUGCCUUGCAGAACUUAUUACAGUAAUCAUGACGUGACUUUUGACUGUUCUGUGAAAACUUGUAUUUCCGCCCAAAAUAUGCUUCUCUUCAGACAUUGACACAAGAACUCAUACUUGUUCCUCGUAUAUUUUGUCUAGACAGGUUUCCAUCUCAUUUUAGGGCCAUCAGCUUUGAAGAUUCCAUUCUACAGCAGGGGUGUAAUAACAGAUACUUCCUCUUAUUUUAUCCUGUAUUCAUAUUGAAAAUUUAUUAAUUAAUACAUCUUGUACAUAUUGCACAAUUCACAUUUUCAGCAUAUUUCUCUUAAUUUAAUCAGAGUUCUGAUUAUGACUUGUAAUUGUUACGUGUUUUGAAAACUCCCUGCGAUUGUAACUAUAUCCCUGUCGCAAUAAACUGCUCAUAAAUUUUUAAAA